UAUGUAAUGUCCAUCCACCCCACAUCACAGAGACAACCAGAAACUAGAAAAUAUUCAUUAGCUUCACAAACACACACACAUACAGAACAAAGGAACACACGCACUCAUACAAACACAUUGAGUGAGUGUGUGAGAGAGAGGAUGGGGAAUUACAGGUUUAAGUUAUCAGAUAUGAUUCCAAAUGCUUGGUUUUACAAGCUGAGGGACAUGGGAAAAGUAAGAAAACAAACCACAACACCCUCAAAGAAAAAAAUGCAAUCUUCAUCACCCUCAACCUCACAAUCAUCAAAACCAAAACAACCCCACCAACAAUGCAACAACCCCAGAAAAUCCUACUACUUCACAAGAGAACUUAACCCAAAAGUCCCACCCCACAAUUCCCCUGAACCCCCAAGAAAAUCAUCAUCAAACAAACGAAGAACCAAAAGAAGAACACCAGAACACUCUUCUUCAUCACCAUUUGAUAGCUCCAACGAGUCAGAAUUCCUAGACCCAGAAUUCAGAACAGACCGUGUUCUUCCCACUGAGUCAUUUGAUGAAAUGGUUUCCUUGUCCACCACUUCUUGUGCCUCUUGCAAGCACAACAACAACAACACCACCAAAGACAUCAUCAUCAAUGUGGACAACAACUCCAUAGCAAGAAAAGAUGAUAAGCUUGAUGGCUAUUACAAUGAAUAUGACACCAUGUCAGAGCUUGAACUUCCUCCAAUCAUAACCAAACCACCCAAAUUCAACGACUUGUUGUUAACCCACAAGAGAGAACCAAAACCCAGAAGGAGAAUCUCAACAUAUGAAGAAAAAGGGUCCUUAAAGGUUAAAAUUUUGAAGGAAGACACUGUAUCAAUGAAGGAACAGAGGAAUGGUUCUAUUAGAAGGUUCUCUGUGACUUCACCAGGUGUUAAGUUAAGGGUCCACUCACCCAGAAUUGCAGGCAUUAAAGUGCAGUCUCAUGGCCGGAAAAGCGUCUCGUCGACGGUAAGUUCCGGCUCCCGGAGAAGCCUCUCCGAUAGCUUUGCAAUUGUGAAGUCUUCAUUCAACCCACAAAAGGAUUUUAGAGAGUCAAUGGUGGAGAUGAUUGUGGAGAACAACAUAAGGGCCUCUAAGGAUUUGGAAGAUCUACUUGCUUGCUACCUUUCUCUCAAUUCAGAUGAGUAUCAUGAUCUCAUCAUCAAAGUGUUCAAGCAAAUUUGGUUUGAUUUGACUCAACCAAGGUAG